GAAGAAGCCAGCAGCAGAACAGUACACAGAGGGACUUCGACUCUCCUUUGUGAGCGACCUCCUCCUACUCCUCCACUCAGCUCUUCUGCAAGCUCUUAAGCACUUUCUCUAUCUCGCUACUCCACCAUCAGAGACCAACCAUGAGCAUCAGAAGCAAAAAUUUCACCAGCAAGUCGGCCUACUCCGUCCCGGCUGGCUCCAGCAGGAUGAGCAUAGUGAAGAGCACACGUGUGUCUGGUGUUGGCUCUGGGUUCGGCGGUGGUAUGGGCAUGGGCAUGGGUGGCGGUGGCGGUGGCGGUGGCGCCAGCUACAGCUUCAGCAGCAGCAGCAUCGGUGGAGGUGCUGGAGGAAUGGGUGGAGGCUAUAGCAUGGGGUAUGGCGGCGGUUCAGGUUUUGGUGGUGGCCACGGUGGUGGCUUUGGCGGUGGCUACGGUGCAGGCUCUGGCGGGGGCUUCAUGCCACCUCAUAUCACUGCUGUGACAGUAAACCAGAGCCUGCUGCAGCCCCUCAACCUGGAGAUCGACCCCAACAUCCAGGUUGUCCGCACCCAGGAGAAAGAGCAGAUCAAGACCCUCAACAACCGCUUUGCUUCUUUCAUCGACAAGGUGCGUUUCCUGGAGCAGCAGAACAAAAUGUUGGAGACCAAGUGGAACCUCCUGCAGGAACAGACCACUACUCGCUCCAACAUCGAUGCCAUGUUUGAGGCCUACAUUGCCAACCUGCGCAGACAGCUCGAUGGCCUGGGCAAUGAGAAGAUGAAGCUGGAAGGAGAGCUGAAGAACAUGCAGGUUCUUGUUGAAGACUUCAAGAAGAAAUAUGAGGAUGAAAUCAACAAGCGCGCUGCUGCAGAAAACGAGUUUGUCCUCCUGAAGAAGGAUGUCGACGCAGCCUACAUGAACAAGAUUGAACUCGAGGCCAAGGUUGAUGCUCUUCAGGAUGAAAUCAACUUCCUCAGGGCAAUCUACGAGGCUGAGCUGCGUGAGCUGCAGUCUCAGAUCAAGGACACUUCAGUCAUUGUAGAGAUGGACAACAGCAGGAACCUGGAUAUGGACGCCAUUGUGAAUGAAGUCCGUGCUCAGUACGAGGACAUUGCCAACCGCAGUCGUGCUGAGGCAGAGUCAUGGUACAAACAGAAGUUUGAGGAGCUGCAGAGCUCUGCUGGUAGCUAUGGUGAAGACCUGCGCAAUACCAAAUCUGAGAUCGCUGAGCUGAACAGAAUGAUUGCCCGCCUGCAGAACGAGAUCGAGUCCGUCAAGGGACAGCGUGCCAACCUGGAGGCCCAGAUUGCAGAGGCAGAGGAGCGUGGUGAGAUUGCAGUGAAGGAAGCCAAGCUCCGCAUCAAGGAUCUGGAGGACGCCCUCCAAAGAGCUAAGCAGGACAUGGCCAGGCAGGUGCGUGAGUACCAGGAGCUCAUGAACGUCAAACUGGCUCUGGACAUUGAGAUCGCCACCUACAGGAAACUCCUGGAGGGAGAGGAGUCAAGAAUCUCUGCUGGUCCAGCCUCUGCCACCAUCCAUGUGCAGCAGACAUCUUCAGGUGGUGGAUACGGCUACGGAGGCGGAUCGUCAAGUGGAUUCGGAGGAUCAUAUGGCGGUGGCAUGGGCGGUGGCAUGGGCGGUGGCAUGGGCGGUGGUAUGGGCAUGGGCGGUGGCAUAAGCAUGGGCGGUGGCAUGGGCGGUGGCAUGGGCGGUGGCAUGGGCGGUGGCGUAUCCAUCAGCAGAAGCUCCGUCAGAAGUGUUAGCAGCCAGAGGCGCUUCUAAACAGAAGUUUCCCAACUUCAUUUCCCUGCACCUUUCAUCAACAACACAUUAAUGGUGCUAAAAUGUUAGCGAUUAGCCAAACCCCAACCAUCUAACAAAUUUCUGAAUAUUGUUUAUGUUUUUUUAACUAGAUAAAAGAUUAGGAAGAAAUCUUCGGGGUAGAUGUUAAUCAGUGACGCUUCCUCCGAAAUUUUUAUCCAAAAAGAAACCAGAAAGAAUGUAAAAGGAAAUGCUUGAUUCUCUUUAACCCUGCUGAAAGUUCUUUAUUUUCUGCACUGAUAUGUUCUGGGGAAAAGGAAGACUCGAUAGGUAUAAAAAUUAUAACCACUGAAGCUGUUUGUUAUAACUGAAGCCACUGAAUUUAAAGUUAGGACAAGGUUACGAGUGUUAAUGUGACAGUAGGUGAGAGAUUUUCUAAACGUGUCCCAUCGGGAUCGACGUUUUCAGCCAAAACAAACCUGCUCCCAGUGCUAAACAGAAUCACUGGAUUUUUAAUAAUGGAUGCGUAUAAUUAGACUGUGAACAGAUCUGUUUUGGUGUAAACAGCAUCCCCUCUGGGUCCUGAUGUCAAUCCUCUCAAUGCCAUCUGCCUUUUCACUUGCUAAUUCGGCAGCUGUUUGCUAACUUACAGUACAGACCAACUAAACAAGCUCAUGUCCACCUCUUUGCUUCUAGAGUACAAUCGAGGAUUGCAAUCCCUCGCUCUCAGGCUGUCCCACAUCUGUUUUCAUCUUUUUUUUCUCUCUGAUAAAAAAAGCAAACAAAAGCAGACGAUAGGACCAGUUUUAUUGUUUGUUAGAUGACGUUGUGACACCAUCAAAACCUGAAAGCAAUAAAUCUGAGAACUAUAA